CACCACCCUUCAUCUCAACUCCCCACCCUCCCCACUACUUCACCACGAAAACCCACUUCCCCUAUAAAUCCCACCACGCCAAAUCUCAGAAACCCAUUUCAGAAAACGAACAAAGACUCCACCUUUAGCAAAGAUCGAGAGAAUUUCCUGUCAUCCCAAGAAGAAUAAACAACAACAAUGGCUGCCAUUGCCAUGAACACCACAAAGAAGAGCCUGCUGCUUUGCCUUCUCUGUACCUUUCUCACCAUCACCACCACAGUCACAUCAUUCGAGUACCAAGUUGGCGGGGCCAAAGGCUGGGUGGUGCCACCUUCCAACGACACCAGAAUCUACAACGACUGGGCUUCUGAGAACAGAUUCCUCAUUGGCGACACUGUCAGGUUUAGGUACAAGAAGGACUCGGUGAUGGAGGUGAGCAUGGAGGACUACAAGAACUGCAACUCGAGCCAUCCCAGUUACUUCUCCAACACGGGGGACACGGUGUACGAGCUGGACCACUCGGGGCCUUACUACUUCAUCAGCGGUGUCUCUGGCCACUGUGGGAAAGGGCAGAGGAUGAUCAUCAAGGUGCUCACUACUGAUCAAGAUGCUGGCAGUGGCAAUGGCAAUGGCAAUGGAACUGCCCCUCCUUCGAGUGGCGGAGAAGCGGAUGGUCAUCACAAGUCUGCAUCUGCUGUAACUCUGCCUCUUGGUGGAGUUUCUUCAUCCAUUGUGGCAGUUGGUCUGGCUGGCCUUGCUGCUGCUUCCAUGUUCUAGUUAG